AUGACACCCACUACACUGGAAGGUUUUGGGAAAUACAACUAUUUGAUACUUAUUGUGUCACUGAUGGCAUCACUAGCUCAGCAGUUAAGCAUAUCAGCAAUUUCAUACAUUCUACCAUCUGCAGAAUGUGAGCUUCAACUUUCCCCUGAAGACAAAGGGACUCUCAAUGCAACAGGUUACAUUGGAAUGAUUCUGAGUGCAUACGUGUGGGGAUUUUUAUCAGACACAGUUGGCAGACGUAGGCUUCUAGUAUUUGGUUACUUAUUUGAUGGAGUAUGUAACUUGACUGGAAGCUUUGCUCAAAGUUAUUGGUUUCUUUUUGCAUUUAAAUUGCUGAAUGGAGUAAUAAUGUGCGGACCUCUUUCUGUUCAAAGAACAUAUGAAGCAGAGUUCCACAGUGUUAAAUAUAGAGGAAAACAAAUGAUGUUGGCUGGUAUUUUUAUGUCACUUGCUAAUAUUGUGAUACCAGGAAUUGCAUGGCUGAUAUUACCUUUGGAAUGGUCGAUAACAGUUUUUGACAGAAAAAUUCCAAUCUCAUCUUGGAGAUUAUUUAUGGCAUUGAGCUCAGUACCAAGCUUUACAACAGCUUGUUUGAUCUACAAAUGCAUGGAGAGUCCCAGAUUCCUUAUGGCAAGUGACCAAAAUGAUGAGGCUCUCAAAACUUUCAAAAUAAUUUACAGCCAUAAUACAGGAAAUAACCCAGACAUGUAUGCAAUCAGGUGCAUUUCAAAUCAAAUACAUCCAUCUCAGCCACCAAUUAGCAGCAUAAACUUCAAGAAAGGUCUGUUAUCCAUCAUGAAAAUUUGUUGGCAACAAGCAAAGCCUCUGUUCAUUCCGCCUCACAGCAAAAAUACAGCUGUUACAUUUAUGAUGCAAUUUACAACUUUAUAUGGUUUUAACACAUUACGUUUGUGGUUGCCACAAAUGCUCACAUCUGUGCAGGAGCACCUAUCACAGCAAGAAAUGACCCACAGUUCUCCAGUAAUAAAAAGCAUAUGUGAAAUUUUGCAAAUAACAAUGUCUACAAAUGUAACCGAGGAUAUCUCUGAAGCUGAGGCCCAUUGUGUUUCUAAAACAGCUGACAAUACAGUUUAUGUCAACAGUAUGAUGGUGGGGAUUGCACAAGGAAUUGCAUUUUUAUUUGCAGCUUGCUCCAUCAGUAUUGUUGGAAAAAAGACUAUUAUGGGCAAGUAUCUCAUUUAUUUUCAUACAUAG